AUGGGAGCCGCACAGACACGCGCCGCGCACAGCUACCAAGACCUCUCCCACAAAACUGGAUUCUCUCUGGAACAAAUCCAUAUCCUGCACAAGAGAUUUAAGAAGUUGAGCGGAGAGUCUGAGACCAUCAGCAGGGAGAACUUGAACAACAUAACCGCCCUGGCUGACAAUCCCAUCAGAAAGCAAAUCAUCGAGGCCUUCUUUGAUAAACGGAACCAGCACAAUGGCGAGGUGGGGGCCUAUGAAGAGAUUGGCUUCGAUGAGUUCCUGAUGGUCAUGUCCCACUUUCGCCCUCCAACCCUGAAGACUUCAGUGGACGAAAAGACAGCAAUGAGAAAAGAGAAGCUUCGCUUCCUUUUCAACAUGCACGACACUGACAGCGAUGGCAAAAUCACUCUGGAGGAGUACAGAAAAGUGGUGGAGGAGCUGCUGUCGAGAAGUGGUGCCAUUGGCCUGGAAGCGGCCCGGGCCAUUGCAGAUGCCGCCAUGUUGGAGGUGGCGAGCACAAGUAUGCCUGACAUGCCCGCCGACUACUUUUAUGAAGGAAUUACUUUUGAACAUUUUGAACUGAUAUUAAACGGUCUGGAAAUGGAGUCAAGAAUGCACAUCCGCUUUUUGGAUGUAGACACGGUCACAAUGCGCUGUGAUAGAAAUUAA